UCUUGUGGUGUGAUUCUUUUUUGCUUUUUAUCCAACUUGACCUUUCCAUUAUGCAACUAAAUCACAGCCUAAUUUUUCGUAUUAUCAAUAUUGUGGUGGCCUGUUUUAUGGUGAUUGGUGGUGUAGCCACCAUCAUGACAGGAGGAUUUCCGCAGUUUAUUCGUGGUAUAUUCUGUAUCAUAUUCGGUGUCAUGGUGUUUGUCUUUGAAUUCCGUCUUCCUCCCAUUGUAACGCAAUAUGUUUCGUACAUGUUCUCUUUCUUGGGCCGUGGUAUCUUCUACAUCUUCAUCGGCUGCAUUAUUCUAAAUUAUUUAGCAUUGGCUAUUGCCUCUGGUGUUAUUGUUGUUCUAUGCGGUAUUGCAUUUGUGAUUUUAGAAUUUAUUCCGUCCAUUGAAGCACCAUCCAAUAUGCGUCGAGAAGCCUUGGACGAAUCAUUGAGCGGUAUGCACGGCGGCCGAACUUCGGCGUGGGCCAAUAACACCACCACCCAACCUUCCUACGGUCAGGAUAAUGUGGGCUAUGGACGUAGUGCGGCAGACACCGGUUUCUCUUCCCAUCAGGGAGCUGGCGCCGUGUAAAUGGACAUCAUUUUAUAUUCGAUCAUUGUACAUUUUUUUAAUUUUCUGCAGAAUCGCCUUUAUCACAAAGUAUACAAAUUCAUCUUUACCGAAACGGUACAAUAAAAAUGUGCCUCGGAUUUUUGUAAUAAACUCGCUCGAGCUUGGCCGUAGCCGUUCAU